AUGGAAUCAGCUGCAUUACAGACCCUUGUCGAAGUCCUAUUCCUCAUAUUUCGUUUCGUAAAACAUCCUCCGAUUCAGUAUAUGUUUUAUUGCCUUACUGUUCCGUUCGUUGGUAUAACUUUCAGUCUCAUAACCCUUCGAAUCAAAACAGUAGGAUCAAUAUUGGUCAAGGAAGAGGCUCCAGUUUUGAGUUUCUUGGCGGUUAAUCUGGAGGAUUCCAAGGUGGUCAAUCAGAACGAGAACUCGGAUGCUGUUAGGUCUGUUCGGAGAGAGACCACGAGAGAGGGAACGGAUGUAGAGGCUAGCGGGAGUCAGGUGGAUAAUGGUCGUAAGUCCAAUACCAUUACGGAGGUUAGACUUGAAACUUCAUGA